GAUAUUAUUUAAUGAUGGUUCGAUACUCAGUCGUAUUUACUUUUGCUGUGAUUUUCAUCAAGUAUGAAACACUAGCACAGAGAGGAUGUUUCUUUGACGUGAUGUCCAACGCCGCCACUGCACCCCUCAUAUUACAAGGAAGUGGAUCUUUUGACGAACCUUCAGCCAACGGAAGCAUUGCAUAUGGGUAUAGGCAAGGUAUGUCGAUUGCUUGUCCAGGGGGACAAUUCAAUCCACCUGGCUUAAAGGUACUUGACCAAAACAUGAUCUGCGUAGAGGGUACAAGGAUCAAAAUUUCAACAUCAGUUUAUUUGGACUUUGCUAACAUUACAUGCACUGAUAGAGCUAGACCAUACGUAGAAGUAAUCCCAGUCUUCACUGAAAUACAGUGCGAGAAUGGUACCACUGGGUUCAAGGCAGGUUAUACUAUUUCAGUGUCACCUACGUUUGUUACUGUAUAUACGGGUUGUUUUCGCGUCUUCAAUACUCCCUUCUAUGUCAAGCACAAACUAAAUAAAUGGGCACGAUCUGGACAGAAUUAUCCAGAAACAUCCAGAUAUAUUUUUGAUUUUGAGAUGUUUACCGUAGACGCACUCGCAGAUUACGACAAUUAUGAAGCUAGAUUUGAAGAAAUGGGUCUCCAGGAUUAUGUCAACGAUGUACAUUAUUUAACGAAGGGACAACUGGCUCCACCUGAUGAUUUUCUUUACGUUCUUCAAAGAGACGCAACUUAUAAUUUAGCUAACGUUGCUCCUCAGUGGAAUACUUUUGAUGAAGGGAACUGGAGGUCCCUAGAAAACGGAAUUGUGAAUCUGUUGGAAAGUCAAGAUAUCGGAGGUGCUACAAUUUUAACGGGAACUUUAAAAUCAGCGUCUCUGAGAAAUUCUAGCGGAGAGGAAAUCGAACUUCGUAUUGCACCACUUAUUGUAGUUCCAAGAUGGUUUUGGAAAAUUGUCUAUUUCCCAGACUUGCAUUUCGGUGCAAUCUUCUUCGGAUAUAAUAAUCCUUACGUGAAUAAAUUUCUCGUUGAUGCGGAAUUCUUGAGGGAAAUAUGUUCCACGGAUGUCUUCGGAACGUUACAAAGUAGUUGGAUGUUGAAUGAUAUUGACAACACAGACCCAUUUUUGGGAUAUACCUAUGCCUGUCCAUUGAACACUGUUCAAAUAAUUGAUCCCCUUAUUGGUGAAAUUGUAACUAAUUUUCUUGCAGAACUAAAUGUGACUAAUUCUAGAAUAUUCCCCUAAGUCGUUAAAUAACAAGACCAGAUGAAAUGUAGCAGCAGCGUAGAUUUAUUUAAGUAAUGUUUAUUUGUCUAGUAGAGUGAGUAUAUAUAUUAUACUACUUUAAAUUUAGCUUCUUUUUGUCUGGUAUCAAAUAAAAAACUUCUCGUUA